AUGUCGGCGCCGGCGGAGAUUGCUCUGAAGGAGCCGACCUUCAACAUGGACAAGCUCAGCUACGAGAUCUUCUCCAUCCUGGAGUCGAAGUUCCUCUUUGGAUACGACGAGCCGAAUCUCCAGCUCCACGCCGCGCUUCCGCAGACGGUCUCUGCCGCAUCGUCUUCCACCGGGAGGAUCCGAAUCCUCUCGGUGGACGCCGCAGGGGCCACCGACGGCCUCCUUGCCGCGGCCUCCCUGGCUCAGCUCGAGUCCUCCCUGGAGAACCUAUCGGGGGUGGCUGCCGCUCGAAUAGCCGAUUUUUUCGACGUCGCCGCAGGAUCUGGCGUUGGAGGAGUCCUCGUCGCCCUCCUCUUCACCCGCGGCCACGGCGGCCGUCCGCUGUUGUCCGCCGCCGAGGCUCUCGAGUUCAUCGCCCGCAAUCGCCGCGCGCUACAGUCGGCGGGGAAGAAGAAGGGGCCAUUCGCCGGGAUCUUCCGGAGGAAGGGGGCGGCGGAGCCUAUGGAUCGGAUCCUCAGGAGGAUUUUCGGCGAAUCGACACUGCGGGACACGUUGAAGCCUGUCCUGAUCCCCUGCUACGAUCUCUCCACGGGCGCGCCAUUCCUCUUCUCUCGUGCAGAUGCCAUCGAGACGGUGGGCUAUGACUUCCUGAUCCGUGAGGUGUGUGCCGCCACGGUCGACGCAGCGAGGAUGCGGUCCGUCGACGGGAAGACGGCUAUUGAUGCUGUAGAUGGUGGCGUUGCAGUGGGGAAUCCCGCCGCAGCUGCCAUCACGCACGUUCUCAACAACAGGAUGGAGUUCCCUUUUGUCACCAGCGUCGAGGAUCUUCUGGUGUUGUCCCUCGGCAACGGGGAGUCCGUGCCGGUGUGCGGCGGCCGACGGAAAAAGAAGCGCUCUCCGGCGUCGGCGUCAGAGAUCCUGAGGAUCGCCGGCGAGGGCGCCUCCGAUAUGGUAUAGAACCUCCUCGCCCGCCCCUUCAGGGGUCCUCGAACCAUUAACCGCAUCAGUCCAGUCGAGGAGGACAUCCACGUUUCAGAUCCUCACGAUGCGCGGUUAUGAUUCGCUGAAACUUUUUCAUAUUAUUAAUUCUUUUCCUAAUAUGGUAGGUGGACCAGGCGGCGUCCAUGGCGUUCGGUCAGAACAAGACGAGCAACUACGUCAGGAUUCAGGCACACUCCCCGAUCUCCCACCAUUCGAUAAUCUCGCAAAGAAAAAUCCUUCGUAUUACAGCGGGGAGUCGAAUUAUCAUUUCCGUUUCCUCAAUUUCUUGAUCCAGGCCAGCGUCUUCGACUCCGGCAGAUUCCGCGCCGGCAGCGGCGGCGCCGAGCUGCAGGCCGCGACCGAGGAGCUGCUGGCGCAGAAGAGCGUGGAGUCUGUCCUAUUCAGGGGGAGGAGGGUGUCGGAGAGCUCCAACGGGGAGAAGCUGGAGUGGGUGGCGGCGGAGCUGGUGAAGGAGCACGAGGGCCGGAAGAGGUGCCCCAUUCCCGUCGUCGUCCUCAAGCAGGGCAGCCCCCGAAGCUCCUCCUGCUCUCUCUCGAGCUCCUGCUCUCAUUCUCCGAUCCCCGCGGCCGCGUCACCCAGGUAG